UGUGUCCAUUUGUUUGACUUUCUUUCACACAUCCACAAAGAAGAAAAAAAGACCAAUCUUCUCCUCCUUCUUCAUCUUCUCUUCUUCUGGUCACCCCUCGUGCUUCUCAUUAACACCAAACCCAAAACUUUGUUCUCUUUCUUCUUUUUUCUGCCAUCUCUGUUCACAUCUCUCUCUCUCAAUCUUUUAUUUUUUUGCCUGGAGGGUCGAAAGUUUCUAUAUUUCUCUCUUUUUCCUUCUCUGCUUACAACACAAUCCAUAUUCUCAGCUCAAGAAGCUAGAGCAGAACAAUCAAGAAUCAAAAUAAGGAGAAAACGAAUCUGUUCUUAGCUGAUGGGUUCUUGCUUCAGUUCUCGAGUCAAAGCCGACCUCUUCCACAGUGGUAAGAGCAGCGAUCUGUUCGGUCUAAGUCUCUCCAGUCGGAAAUCUUCGUCGACUGUAGCGGCAGCUCAGAAGACGGAAGGGGAGAUAUUGAGUUCGACCCCCGUCAAAAGCUUCACCUUUAACGAACUCAAACUCGCCACCAGAAACUUCAGACCAGAUAGUGUGAUCGGAGAAGGUGGCUUCGGUUGUGUCUUUAAAGGCUGGUUAGAUGAGACCACUCUCACUCCCACUAGACCUGGAACCGGUUUGGUCAUCGCCGUUAAAAGGCUUAACAAAGAAGGUUUUCAAGGUCACCGUGAAUGGCUGACAGAGAUCAACUACUUGGGGCAGUUGAGUCACCCAAAUCUUGUUAAACUGAUCGGUUAUUGCUUAGAGGAUGAACAGCGUCUUCUUGUCUACGAGUUUAUGCAAAAAGGAAGUCUUGAGAAUCAUCUAUUCAGAAGAGGUGCAUACUUCAAGCCACUCCCAUGGUUUCUACGUGUCAAGGUUGCGCUUGAUGCAGCAAAGGGGCUUGCUUUUCUUCACAGCGAUCCUGUCAAAGUGAUAUACAGAGACAUUAAAGCCUCCAACAUCUUACUUGAUGGGGACUACAACGCAAAACUUUCUGACUUUGGACUAGCUAGAGACGGUCCAGUGGGUGAUCUGAGCUAUGUUAGUACAAGGGUCAUGGGUACAUAUGGCUACGCUGCUCCUGAGUAUAUGUCAUCAGGUCAUUUGAAUGCAAGAAGCGAUGUGUACAGUUUUGGAGUUGUGCUUCUAGAGAUUUUAACGGGCAAACAAGCGUUGGACCAUAACAGGCCGGCUAAAGAAGAAAACCUUGUAGAUUGGGCUCGACCAUACCUCACAAGCAAACGCAAGGUUCUCCUAAUCGUGGACACUCGGAUAGACACACAGUACCUACCUGAAGAAGCCGUGAGAAUGGCCAGCAUUGCGGUGCAGUGUAUCUCAUUCGAACCUAAGUCGCGCCCAACCAUGGACCAAGUAGUCCGUGCCUUGCAACAACUUCAGGACAACUUGGGAAAACCGAGUCAGACCAAUCCGGCUAAGGAUACCAAGAAACUAGAAAAGAUUGGUUCUAAGUCAUCCGAAAAACGGUUUACUCAAAAACCGUUUGGCAGGCACCGCGCAUAGGCCUUUUCUUUAGAGAUUUGGAAAACAGGUCAAGCCGAUCACUGAAUUCCCGAAUGGAAUUUUUUUCCGCGGGUACUCGAAACUGCGGAUAUCCGUUUUCGACGGAUUGUAUACGAUUCUGGACAAACCGUGCAGGUCGAGAAUAACAACGGAUGCAUUCAAUUUUCCAGGUUACAUGUCCCAUACCCAAACGUUAGAAAACAUGUGUGGCCUUAGGCUUCCUUGUAUGCUGUUAUAUAUAUCGAGUGAAGAAGUAUAUAUGAGGUAAUUUUUGCCUCUUCUGUUGUAACUUGUAACACUCUUUGUGUUUUUGUUCCCUAAUUUAUUUUUUCAUAUCGGUA